GACGCUCUAGAUAGUAAUAUUCGUAGAAAUGAUGGAAAAAGAAGAAUAUUAUCUAUCAUCGCUGAUAAACUUCCCUAUAAUAUAAUAAAAGAAAAAUUAUCUGUUAGUAUUGGAAAAAAUAUAAAUGUAUUAAAAUGA